GGUUGCCUUGAGCCCUGUCGGAUGGCCGUAGAGGCGGCCGACCCGUUUGGCUCUACGGCACAUGGAGCGCCAAGGGCGGCUGGAGGACUUGCGGAGGGCGCAGCGGCGACAGCAGGAGCAGCAGCAGGAGCAGCAGCCCAGCGUCGCCUUCCGAGCUCGCUUUCCCUCGUAAAACACUUGCCCGCUGGAAGGAAAGAGGCUAAUCCUAUCUGGGGGUUUGUUGACGGAGACAGGCCUGCUGAGAACAAGAAAGAAGCAGUGGAGAAUUCCCCUCCCAGCCGUUCUCUCUCUCUCUCUCCAGCAUAGGUUUUACUCUACAGCAGCUUAGCUUGUUAGCUUUAAAGGAUGCCUGUGACAGACCAGGCCUUCGUCACCCUUGCUACUAAUGAUGUUUACUGCCAUGGAGCUCUGGUUCUCGGACAGUCCUUGAGGAACCAUAGAACAUCUAGAAUGUUGGCAAUACUAAUUACACCUCAAGUCUCCAGUGCAAUGAGGGCUGCCCUCAGCACUAUAUUUGAUACAGUGGUCAACGUGAACGAAAUUGACAGCAAUGACAUGGUGCACUUGGCUCUGCUGGAGAGGCUGGAACUGGGUGUAACAUUUACCAAACUUCACUGCUGGACUCUUACUCAAUAUAGCAAAUGUGUCUUCAUGGAUGCAGACACGUUGGUACUAUGCAAUAUUGAUGAGCUGUUUGACCGGGAAGAAUUUUCAGCAGCUCCAGAUUCCGGCUGGCCAGACUGCUUUAACAGCGGUGUCUUUGUUUUCCAACCUUCUUUAAAAACCUUCAACCUCCUCCUGCAGUUUGCAAAUGAACACGGUAGCUUUGAUGGUGGUGAUCAGGGAUUGUUAAAUAGUUUCUUCAACAGCUGGGCAACGAAAGACAUUAACAAACAUUUGCCAUUUAUCUAUAAUUUAAGCAGUAGUGCUGUCUACACCUAUGCCCCUGCUUUCCAACAUUUUGGCAAAGAUGCAAAAGUAGUCCAUUUCUUGGGACGAACAAAGCCCUGGAAUUACAAAUACAAUCCCCAAACAAGAGCCAUUAAGGAGGAUGGUUCCGCCUCAGUAUCUCAGAGUCAACUCUCAUUCUUAGAACUCUGGUGGAUGACAUACACUUCCAGUAUACUACCAUUACUGGAAAAAUGGCAGAAGUCUUUGGAGUCACAAAUCCAGAAAAAAGAGCUUAACUUCAGUGGCGAUGAAUGUAAAUUUGAAAGAGAAAUGAGCAGUUCCUUGCCAAUCUCAGCAAAUGCAGAACAUGUAUCAGAAAUUGUUGUAAGUCCACCUGAAGACUUACCUGCCAAAAAUGCAAACGAAUGCAGUCUUGAAAUGAAGGUUGCUGAGCCAAUUGAAUCACUUGCAGAGACCUCUGCUCAACCUGUAGUUCAGGAGAUUGUGAAAAUGGAUGAGGCUACAAAUUGUGUUUCGGAGCUGUCUGUUCAGCCAGAGCCAGAUGAACCCAGUUCAGAAGAUGAACGAAGGAAAUGGGAGGAAGGCCACAUCGACUACCUGGGGAAGGAUGCUUUUGAAAACAUUAAAAAGAAGUUAGAUGCCUUUUUAUUAUAGAGCUUGUUUUUGUACUCUUCUGGUGACUGAUCGUUGUUUACAUUUGCAAUGUAUGUGAAAUCUCGGCGAUAAGAGCCUUGCUGUUGUACUGGAUAGCGUGAACAAAAAUGGCUGUAUGUGCUAAAUGCACUUGUGUACGUUUUGUGGCAGUGCUUUGUCCCAGAGGAUGAAACACAAUGGGUUUAUAAAACUGCCUUAUAAAAAGUCAGACCAUUGGUUCUCUUUGUCCAGUACUGAUUAUUCUGCUUGGCAGAAACCUUCAAGCUUGUCUUCCCCAGCCUUGCUAACCGAUAACGUUUAACUAGAAAUGCUGUUCAACCUUUAUUCAUUUUAGCUGGUAUUGUUCUGUAUUGGACCAAUAUUAUGUUCUUUUGGAUUAAUUUACUCUUUUUUCUUUGGACCAACUUCUAUAGAUGAAGAUGAUCAACACGUUUACAUCCAAUAGAAAACUCUCUCUUGUUCAUUCAUGCAAAGGGGUAGUGUAUUCUCUACUAAGUGCAUAUUCCUGUUUUUAAUAUUGACCUGCAGUGCCUCAUGAAACAUUCUCACCUUCAUCUGAAAUUAUUAGUUUUAUACUAACAGGCCAAAUACUAUACACUACUUGAUUCUUCAGCAAGGAGAAUACAAAUCUUGUAGAUGAAAAGUCCAAUGACUUCUAAGGUAGGGUUAACCACAUACAUAGGACAUAAUCCAUUGUCCUAUAUGUAUAACACCCAUGCAUGGAGAAUUCCUAUGGGUUCAACUAAGCCUUGUUUUCCUUCUUUUCUCUAUCUAAUGGGCGUGCUCAGGAGGUCUGUGUCUCCAUCCAGCCCUCCCUUCUGUUUCACCUUAGCUAAUCUAUCGUAGUGCAUACAUGUACACAUAUGACUGGGGUAGGAGAGGAACAGGGCUAUCCUGACCCAGAAUGAAUCUUUUGUGUAUAGGAACUUCCCCUGUGGUGUACUGAAUCAUGGGCAUUGUUUCCUGUUUUCCAAAAUUAUUGUGUGUCUUCGGAGGUUGGGGAAAGUUGGCUCUACUGUUGGUUGAUGGUUCUAGGGUUACUAAAAUUCUCCAUCUUUUCUGUUAAGAACAAUAAAAAAAACCAAAUACAUUUUUCUUCAGGGCUUACUGCAAUUGAACUAGUUAAGUGAGCUGGAUAGUUGGUUGGUAAUUGGAAUGAGCAGCCUCCUACAAUGGUGCUAAAUAUAAGUAUUUUGUAACAUUUUAUAAGUUGCUACGAAACUGUAUGUAUUUUGACAGCUACAGGAAGGCAGGCAUCUGGUUGAUUGGUGUGGUUGUCAACACUGUAUGCACGCUUCAAUAUAUUUGGGGCAGUUGGGGAAAAGACUUAAUUGCUAUUAACAUUUAGCAAGCUAGGUAUUGAAUAUUUAAACUUUAUAUCUAAUCCUGUAAAUAACUAAAAGUAGUAUAGAUGGGACAUCUCUAGGGUUUGUUUGCUACAUCAGGCGAUCCUUGAUAAAUUUAACAUUUAUAAAAUGAAGUAAUAACUUCCAAAGGAAUAGUAGUGAUAGUCUGUUACAGCAAAACAUGAAAGAGUCUUUUCAGCGGUUUAGGGCACAAUCCUAUGUAGAUAGCAGCCUCUGAACUUGGAGGCUGCUGAGUAUGCAAUGCAGGGUGGCUGGAGCACAGAGGCGAUUUCGCCCAACUAGCAGGGAUGCUUCAGUGGGGAAGAGGAGGAGGCUGGAGCAGCCAUAGAAAACACUGUAUGGCUGCUGCCCUAGUCUCCUCCCCUCUCUGCCCCUGGGAACGCCCCCUUUUCCUGUCUCUGUGCUCCAUUUCUGAGUGUAGAGACAUAGCUGGAACUGUAUUGGCUAUGAAGGAGUGGGUGUGAGGAGCACCAGCUCUGAGCCCAGAAACUGAACAAUCCUAUAUCCUCAUGGACACUGUCUGGGAAACAUAAGAUUGCUCUCUCAUUACUAACAGUUCUAUUAUGGCAUAAGGUUUCAUGAACUAGAGUCCACUUCAUCAGAUGCAAGAAGAGAAUACUUCACCUGAUAAAGUGGACUCUAGUCACAGGUGUUUAGGCCAUAAUAAAAUGGUUAGGUUUUAAGUGUUACAAGAUUCUGCAUUAUAAAAAAUGUGGCAUUGGAUUCAUUAGACCACUAUUUUUUUAAUCACCCUUUGGUUUUUUUCAGCCAUUAGGGAGAAAUGAAUACUUAAAAAAAAAAUCUUUUCUGACUUAAGCUGCAGUCCUGUACUUACUUCCCUGGGAGUAAGUCUUAUUGAACUCAGUGGGACUUACUUCUCAGUAAGCAACAACUUACUGAGCUUUUGUUUUAUUUAAGAGCAUUUCAUCCUUAAAUUUCAGUAUAUUUAUCCUACUAUCCUAAGGUAAUUGCCUAGGAUAAUUAUUUAGAAAAUUUACAUAUAAAAUGAGCCACUAAAGAACAAGUCAUCUAUAUACCUACAAUUAGCAAUUUGAAACUGUUGCCAAGAAACCUCUUUUACAUAGUUUGGGAGGCAUUAAAAUAGUUUCCGCUAAUACUUAUGUUGCUCCCUUUACAUUACUGUGAAUGUUAUAUCCCUGCUUUAGGCUGCACUCCUAUACACACUUGCCUUAGAGUUAAGUCAUAUUGAACUCAAUGGGACUUGCUUUUGAGGAGAUAUGCACAGGAUUACACUGUCAUAACUGCAAGGAUCAAAUCCAGAACUAACCACUUCUUUUCAUCCUAAGCAGAGUUUUCUUUAACAGUUGCUGGCACUAGUUUAGUUUUGCAACCUGCAGGAAGGAGGCACUCUUCUCAGUAGUACCUGCACUUUUUCAUUCCUACUUAUCUUGUAAUUCUACAUGGACAUUUCAGGGCUUGUAAAUAUAAAAUAAAAGGUACUAUUCCAUUUUUCUCUGAUUGUUUCCCCCCCCUCCCAUUU